AUGGCUUCUCAAUCCACUUCUACGUGUGCGGUCGCGCACGAGAAGGCCCAGAUCGAGCACGAUGGUCUCCAGCACCCAGCACACAUUGACCUCCACGGAAAUGUCUUCGAACUGCCCAAGUUCACGAUGAAAGAAAUUCACGAUGCAAUCCCGGCCCAUUGCUUCAAGCCUUCCAUCCCACGAGGUCUGGCAUACGUUGUGCGAGAUUACCUGUAUCUCGGGGCCGUGAUAUACUCAACGUACAGGUACACACCGUUAUUGCCAUCCCCAUACCUCCGAGCAGUUGUCUAUGGACUCUGCACCAUCCUAGAAGGAAUUAUCAUGACUGGAAUCUGGAUCCUGGCCCACGAAUGCGGUCACGGUGCAUUCAGCAAGAACAAGAGACUCAAUGAUUCCGUGGGAUUUGUCCUCCACUCAUCCCUGCUGGUGCCAUACUACAGCUGGAAGAUUACACACGCUCACCACCACAAAGCGACGGGAGACCUGAAGCGCGACACAGUCUUCGUGCCUCAUGACCGGGAAGGCUGGAUCAAACACAACCUAGGUCAUGACACCGACCCCGUGACAGUGGAAAGCCUCUCGGAGGAUGCCCCAGUGGUCACAUUGAUCCACUGCGUGCUCGUCCAACUUCUCGGAUGGCCUCUUUACAUGUUAGAUAACUUGAGCGGUCAAGACGAUCAGCAUGGAUUCCCAUACUACAGUCAUUACUGGUUUGGAAAAGGUAGUGGGAUUUUCAAAGACUCCGAGCUUCGACUUGUUUUCUACAGUGACAUAGGAAUACUCGUGACAACAGCAUUACUCUACUUGGGCGUCAAGACUUUUGGGUGGUGGGAGAUGUUGAUAUUCUACGGUGUGCCUUAUCUUUGGUUGAACCAUUGGAUAGUCCUCAUCACCUUCCUUCAACACACGGACGGGCGGCUUCCACACUAUAGCCACAGCCAAUGGACAUUUGCCCGAGGUGCUGCAGCCACCAUAGACCGGGACUUUGGAUUUAUCGACACGCAUCUCUUCCACAACAUCGUGGGGACUCAUGUGGUUCACCACCUCGUAUCGUCCAUUCCAUUCUAUCACGCCCAAGAAGCGACUGAGGCUAUCAAGAAAGUGAUGGGCGACCAGUACCACGCCGACCUCGAGACGCCCCUGUUCAGCGCGUUCUGGAAGAGCCGGCGGGACUGUCAAUUCGUCGAAGAGAGCCCGGGCAUGGAAGGAUCAGGGGUAUACAUGUUCCGCAACCUACAUGGGAGGGGGGUGAAACCUCGCAAGUUGGGCGGGGCCCGGCACUGA